AUGUCGGCAGAGGACGCUUUCGACGGUGCCAUCGGCAUCGACCUCGGCACCACCUACUCUUGCGUAGGUGUCUGGCAAAACGACCGUGUCGAGAUCAUCGCCAACGACCAGGGUAACCGCACGACGCCCUCGUACGUCGCUUUCUCGGCCGAGGAGCGCCUCAUUGGCGAUGCGGCCAAGAACCAGGCCGCGAUGAACCCGAAAAACACCGUCUUUGACGCAAAACGCCUCAUCGGUCGCCGCUUCGACGACCCCGACGUGAAAAAGGACAUGACACACUGGCCGUUCGAGGUGACGGAGAAGGACGGAUCGCCGAUGAUCAAGGUCGAGUACCUCGGCGAGGAGAAGACGUUCUCGCCCCAGGAGAUCUCCGCCAUGGUCCUCACCAAGAUGCGCGACAUCUCCGAGGCGAAGCUCGGAAAGUCGGUCAAGAAGGCCGUCGUCACCGUUCCCGCCUACUUCAACGACUCCCAGCGUCUGGCAACCAAGGAUGCUGGUGCCAUCGCCGGUCUCGACGUCCUCCGUAUCAUCAACGAGCCCACCGCCGCCGCCAUCGCCUACGGUCUUGACCAGCAGUCCAAGACUGAGCGCAAUGUCCUCAUCUUCGAUCUUGGCGGAGGUACUUUCGAUGUCUCCCUCCUCAACAUCUCUGGUGGUGUCUUCGCCGUCAAGGCCACCGCCGGUAACACCCACUUGGGUGGUGAGGACUUCGACAACGCCCUCCUUGAGCACUUCAAGAAGGAGUUCCAGCGCAAGACCAAGCUCGACAUCUCCGACGACGCCCGUGCUCUCCGCCGUCUCCGUUCCGCAUGCGAGCGUGCCAAGCGCACUCUUUCCUCGGUCACUCAGACCAACGUCGAGGUUGACUCGCUCUACCAGGGUGAGGACUUCUCCUCCAACAUCACCCGUGCCCGCUUCGAGGAGAUCAACGCCGCCAUGUUCAAGUCGACCAUGGAGCCCGUUGAGAAGGUCCUCAAGGACGCGAAGAUCCCCCGCGAGAAGGUCGACGACAUCGUUCUCGUUGGUGGCUCGACCCGUAUCCCCAAGGUCCAGUCGCUCGUCUCCGAGUUCUUCGGUGGCCGCCAAUUGAACAAGUCGAUCAACCCCGACGAGGCUGUCGCAUACGGUGCUGCCGUUCAGGCCGCCGUUCUCACUGGCCAGACAUCCGAGAAGACGCAGGACCUGCUCCUCCUCGACGUUGCACCACUCUCGCUCGGUGUUGCCAUGCAGGGUGAUGUCUUCGGUGUUGUCGUUCCCCGCAACACCCCCAUCCCGACGAACAAGUCGCGUACCUUCACCACCGUCGAGGACAACCAGACGACGGUUACCUUCCCUGUGUACGAGGGUGAGCGCACACAGUGCCGCGACAACCGCCUGCUCGGCGAGUUCGAGCUCACCGGUAUCCCGCCUAUGCCCCGUGGCCAGGCAGAGCUCGUCACCACCUUCGAGGUCGACGCCAACGGUCUCCUCAAGGUCUCCGCAAUGGACCGUGCUUCGGGCCGCAAGGCAUCGAUCAGCAUCACCAACUCUGUCGGCCGUCUCUCGAGCGCCGAGAUCGACCAGAUGAUCAAGGACGCCGAGCAGUUCAAGCAGGCCGACAAGGACUUCAGCGCCCGCCACGACGCCAAGUCUAACCUCGAGGCGUACAUCCACCAGGUCGAGAGCACGAUCACCAGCCCGGAGAUCGGCAUGAAGCUCAAGCGCGGUGCUAAGGCGCAGGUCGAGGCUGAGCUUGCACGCGCGCUCGAGAAGCUUGAGAUCGAGGACAGCACCGCGGACGAGCUCCGCAAGGCUGAGCUCGGUAUCAAGCGCGCGCUCCAGAAGGCGACCGCUGGUCUCCGAUGA